GUCAGGGACAACAAGAGAAGUCGAGGCAAGCUGGCUACAUAUAGUAUUAGUGAGUCGCUCAUAUUGGCCAGGUCCGACACGUGCGCGCGUGGCAGCUAUUCGACGCUAACCCGGCCCGGAAACCAGGGUCCAUAACGUCAUCCCUCUGCACGCCCCAACGUUCACGCUUCACACGCAGUUGCCUACGCGUCGUCAAAAAGCCACGAUUUACGGAAGAAGGAUCUUCUGACUUCCUGCCACCCCAUCGCACACACCACACGCAAGAUGUCUGCCCAAACCGCGGCAACGCGCCUCCGCCGCACCUUCCACUACCCCUCCGAGUCUGACGACGAAGACGCCGUAGAAGCCGGCAUGGACGAACAAGACCAAGCGCACCUCCUCACCACUCUCUCAACCCACGACACGCACACAACCUCAACCUACACACACCUCCUCCUCGUGCUCCCGCUUCUCCCCAUCCUGCUCUACAUCCCACACUUCUUCCGCCUCUCCACCCUCCCUGCCGCCGGCCUCGCGAUCCCCUCCCUCCUCGCCUCCGCAUAUACCCUCUAUUUCCUCCCUCUACCUCCCGUGCAAAUUUCUGUCUCCCACGUCGUGGACCUGCAGUCCCCCUCUGCGAGAUCAAGAACAAAACCUGCCGAAACGAAAGCGGAAAGGCCGCCAGUGCCAUAUAUAUCCGAAGCGACGGCGGACUUGGUAGCGCGGUACAUCGUUGUCGCGAACGGGGCUUUGUGUGCGGUGCUUGCGAUUGCAGAGAUGUUGCAGGGGCGAUCGUGGGGCGAGGGAGUCACAGUGGGAGGAGGGUAUCUGCCUGGACUGGUUUUCACAGUAGUGAUGUUUGCGAGAAGGGAACUUAGGGCUGUGGAUAUGAGUGAGCUGGAGCGGUUGCAGUAUCAGAGUAAGGGUACAUGAAGAAGGAACAAUCUAGCUACAAACCCUUCCCCUCAUUGAUCGGGCACGCGGUGAAGUCUUUAGGUUGGGACUUGGGUCGCCGUGUGGAAGCCACACGAGUUCAUUCCAAAUUCAGACUGCCAUGUUUCGUAACAAGGUCAAGGACUUGGAGCCUGAGCCUCUCAGAGGUAACCAAAUGAUGCCUCUGACUUCGGAGCGAUGGUUCCGGAACCUGCCAGCUCUCAGAAAGAUUAAUCUCGUACAUUGUUUCAUUGAAGAGCGACCAGAAGCCGAACAUUAUAGCCCGUUUGAAGAGGUGCAACACGCUUGGCAAAGAGAUGGAGAUGAACCGCACACUCGUUACACAGAUAAACCAGAACAAGCUGGUUACGAAGCCCUCUACCCCAUUUUUCAGUCAUUAGACGUUCUAUACCGCGCACGUAUCGAGACUUACAAGUAAUAUCGGUGUUCAAGGUGUCACCCG